AAGCCGUUUAGGCUCAAGGUUUUUGACCUUCGAGUUGCGCGCCGUUCGCUGCUGGUCUCACGACGUGCCCGACCUAACCUCACCACCUCCCGUCGCAGCGCCUCCGCAGCAUGGCGUCCGGUCUCGCGCUGCUGCUCCUGGCCGCUGGGGGCGCCUCCAGGGCGCACGGCGCGGGCAACUGCCCGGGCAAGCUCGCGGUGUCUGGCGGCGAGCCCGUCUCGCUCGUGAACGCCAAGUGGAACAUAGCCGGCGACGCCGCGGGGAAGGUGGAGGUUGGGCCCGAGGGAGACUCGAUCGUGGCGCACAUGAAGGGGCGCACCUACUUCGGCAGCGACUGCAAGGACGGGUCCUACGACAACGCGGACUACGUCGCCAUGAAGCUGCUCGGGAAGACGCUGCGGUACACGGUCGACAUGGCCGGGGCGGGCUGCGGCUGCAACGCCGCCCUGUACCUGACUUCACUGCACCAGAACGACCAGGAGUCGGAGUGCGAGGACUACUACUGUGACGCGAACAACGUCUGCGGCGAGAGCUGCGCCGAGAUCGACAUCCAGGAGGCCAACCAGUACGCCUGGCACUCGACGCUGCACACGAUGACCGACCACAGCGGGGUGGGCGGCGGCCUUGGCGGCGGGGACGGCUGGGACGGUCCCCGCGACUGGUCGGUGUCCGAGUACGGGCCCGGGGCGUCCUGCAUCGACACCGCGAGGCCCGUGAAGGUCGCCGCCUCGUUCCCCGCGGACGGCAGCAGCCUGCAGGCCAUGGAGGUCGAGCUGUCCCAGGAGGGCACGUCCUGCACGCUUGGGGUGCGGCUCGACCAGUACGAUGGCAUGCAGGAGCUCGCCCAGGCCCUUGCGGCCGGCAUGACCCCGAUCGUGAGCUACUGGAGCGCGGACGACAUGACGUGGAUGGACGGCAAGGGCGCGGACGGCCAGGGCCCCUGCGGCGUGGACCGCGCUGCCGACUGCGCUGAGCACGUCAGAUUCUACGACUUUUCGAUCUCUGACUACGGCCAGGCCCCCCCGGCGGCGACCCCGGCGACGCCGGCCACGCCGGCCGCGGGCACCGCGGCCAGCGAGCCCGAGGACCAGGCCGCCGCCGGCGCUGGCGCCGCGGCCUCCGCCAUGUGUCCCGGCGCCUUCGUCAUGGGUGGGGACGACGAGGUGUCCGUCAGCCUCGUGAACGCCAAGUGGAACGUCGCCGGAGAGCAGGCUGGCGUCGUGGAGGCGAAGGGCGGCAACAUGGUCGUCCCCCACAUGACGGGGCGCACCUACUUCGGGACGAGGUGCGUCGACGGCAGUUUCAGCAACGAGGACUACAUGGCCCUCAACCUGCUCGGCAAGACGUUCCGGUAUACCGUCGACCUCGCCGGGGCCGGCUGCGGCUGCAACGCGGCGCUGUACCUGACGUCGCUGCACCAGAACGGCCAGGUGUCCGACUGCGAGGACUACUACUGCGACGCGAACAACGUGUGUGGCGUCUCCUGCGUCGAGAUCGACAUCCAGGAGGCCAACAUGUUCGCCUGGCACUCGACCCUGCACACCGCGCACGACUCGGGCGGCGUGGGCGGCGGCUACGGCGGGGGCGCCUCGUGGGACGGGCCCCGCGACUGGUCCAGCGAGGAGUACGGGCCAGGCGCGUCGUGCGUCGACACGAGCAGGCCGUUCCAGGUCGCCACCUCCUUCCCCGUGGACGGCGAGGGUCACCUGUCUGGCAUGGAGGUGGUCCUGUCCCAGGGCACGUCGGAGUGCCAGCUGUCUGUCAGCCUGAUGGGCUACGACGGCAUGGGGGAGCUGUCGGACGCCCUCGCGGAGGGCCUGACGCCCAUCAUCAGCUACUGGAGCGCCGACGACAUGCUGUGGAUGGACGGCAAGGGCGCCGACGGCCGAGGCCCGUGCGACCACGACGACGCCUCGGCCUGCUCCGAGUCGGUCAAGUUCUACGACUUCUCCGUGGAGAGGAUCGGCGAGUCUGCGCCGGUGCCCGUCAAGCCCUCGAGCGGCCAGAAGCUUCCCGACCAGGACACGGAGGUCAAGGAGAAGGCGACCCCGCCGCCGACGUCCGCCCAGCCCGGGAGCAGCGCGGCGGAGGGCUUCUGCUGCUUGGCCUCUUUGGACAGCGGCGACCCGUGUGGCACCUGCCGGCCCCACGGCGCCCUCGAGCAGGCGAGCUGGUGCUCCGCCUCCGAGGCGCACUGCAUGGACUGCAGCAGCAGGGCGUCGUGGUGCCCCGGGGCGGUCGACGACCUCUACGCGAGGAAGGACUCCCUGGAAGGC